GUCUGAUGAAGAUUCACUCAAAGCAGCUGUUAAAUCAAUAAAAUUAUUGCAUAACGAUGUAUUUGAAAAACAUGAUUCUGAUUUUAUUAAUGAUGCUGUUGGAAAAUCCAAAGACUCUAACGUUGCAGAAAUAUUUGAGGAUUCUGAUAAUCAAGAUUCAAAUCUAUUUAACGACAUUUUAGAAAGAUAA